CGCUCUCUUGCUCACCAGUGCACAUAUGACAAAUUGCUCGUUGCUAUAAAAAAACUACGUCAACUCAGGCUGCGGAACAUUGACAAAACAAAUUUUGUGUUUCAACGCGUCGGUUGCUCUAAUUGCACGUGUGUGUGUGUGUUCUCUCUCGACUCUAUAAACAACUUUUUGUGCUAAAUUUGUGCUUUGAUUGAGUGAGAAAGUUAGCAAACUUUUCUUCUACACCUGCUUGAGCGACUAUCACACGUGUGUUCGUUUGACUUCAAAGUUUUUGCAACGCCUUUUAAACACCACAGCGAGAACUUUUUGGCUUUUGUUAUCCUUCAGUGCAGUCAGCGCUAAGGCCAAAGGAUUGUUUUUCUCUGCCACGCUUGAAGUAUUUCUGUCAAAAUUUUCACGGACGGCAAUAAGCUCGGUCCUGCCGCUGCCGGCAGAGGAAUGUUUUGCUAUCAAUGCCCGCCUGCGCUGCAUCCCUGCGGACCGCAUCCGCCGCGUUUGCCAACGCUCGAUUAUCCAUUUGCAGCUACACAUCCAUAUACCAGUUACUCGUAUCAUCCUGCCAUACACGAUGAGACUUUUGUGCGGCGCAAGCAGCGACGUAAUCGCACCACCUUCACCUUGCAACAGCUGGAGGAGCUGGAAACAGCAUUUGCCCAAACACAUUAUCCGGAUGUAUUUACGCGCGAAGAUCUGGCUAUGAAAAUUAACUUAACGGAGGCGCGUGUGCAGGUUUGGUUUCAAAAUCGACGGGCCAAGUGGCGCAAAGCCGAACGACUCAAGGAUGAGCAGCGCAAGCGUGAAAAUGGCGAAAGCAGCAGCUCAUUGGAUAAGCUGCAUGACUCACGCGAAUCGUCGCCUGAUAUAACCGGCGAGAUAGACGAUGAUAUGGAUGAGCUGCCGCCACGCCAACGUUCGCACAGUCCACUGACCAAUGGUCCCUUGGAGCAGGGACCACAUUCACGUAGCUCCCCGGGCGCGCAUUUGGACUCUAGCGACAAUGAGCGUCCAUUAUCCAGCGCUCAUCUCACCGCCACACCGCACUCGGCCUCGCAGUCGUUGGGCUCCAUUAGCGCCGGCUCCCCCUCGCCCGGCAUGCGCGAUGAGCACACCUCGCUGGCCCUGGCCCUGGGCCCCGCCAACAGUCCCUCGAACUCACGCAACACCGACUCGCCCAUUGAGGUGGGCGGACCCAUGCAAUUGACCACUGGCUCGCGCAUGGCCAACGCCGCCUCCUCCAACAAUUCGGCCUCCUCCACACCCACGCCCACUACGCCCCACUCGGCCGCACAGCUGCCACACUCCAGCGCCAGCGCAGCAGCUGCUGCUUUUGGCAGUCACAUCUUUGGCAGCUUUGGCGCCGGCAGCGUCAACAAUGACAACAAUUGCGGCUUUCGUCCAGUGCUGAGCGAGCAGAGCGCAGUUGCCGCUGCAGCAGCGGCCGCGGCAGCGCAGCGCAGCGCCAAUCAUCCGCCGCUGUUCCUGCCGCCGCAUUUGGCAGCGCAGUUUACGCAUCAGCCGCUGUUUCCAGGACUUAAAGUUUUUGCUGCAGGUGUGUCGCCGUUCCAAAGUCUUUGCUCUUGCUGCUCGCUGAAGCCGCCGCCGCUGCCGCCAGCGACGAGCGCAAGCUCCAUGGCACCGCUGAAUGUGCCCGUGAGCAGCAGCUCGGCGGCGAGCUCGCCGGAGUCACCCAAGUCAAGCAGUGGAUCGCAUGAUCCGCGCUCCAAUUCGGUGGCUGAGCUGCGACGCAAGGCGCAGGAGCAUUCGGCAGCGCUGCUGCAGUCGCUGCAUGCAGCAGCGGCAGCGGGUUUGGCUUUUCCUGGACUGCACUUGCCGCCGCUGUCAUUUGCGCAUCAUCCCGCUCUGGGGCAUCAUCAUCAUCACAACAACAACAACAGCAGUCAUCAUAACAACAACAACAACAAUGCGCUGCGGCUGAAGCAUGAGGCGCAGGAUAUGACGGCGAGCACUAUGAAUGGUCUAAAUGCAGCUCCAGCUAGUGCUAGUGCCACUUCGGCUGCGCUGCUGGACUUGGCCGAGUCGGCAGCAGCUUAUCAUCAUCAUCAUCAACAGCAGCAGCAGCAGCAACAUGCAACAUUAUCACCGCCUACAACGCCUACGCAGCUGCAGCAGCAACAUCAAGUGCGACAGCAAUCACCGCCAGCAGCAGCAGCAACAACAACAACAGCUGCAACAUCAGCAGCAGCAACAGUUAAUGGCAAUGUUGCCAGCAUGUUGCACAAAAGCGAGUAAA